AUGUUCCCUGCUGUUCCUGAUGUGGAAAACCCACCAACGUUCCCUGCUGUUCCUGAUGUGGAAGACCCACCAACGUUCCCUGCUGUUCCUGAUGUGGAAGACCCACCAACGUUCCCUGCUGUUCCUGAUGUGGAAGACCCACCAACGUUCCCUGCUGUUCCUGAUGAGGAAAACCGACCAAUGUUCCCUGCUGUUCCUGAUGGGGAAAACCCACCAAUGUUCCCUGCUGUUCCUGAUGUGGAAGACCCACCAACGUUCCCUGCUGUUCCUGAUGUGGAAGACCCACCAACGUUCCCUGCUGUUCCUGAUGUGGAAGACCCACCAACGUUCCCUGCUGUUCCUGAUGAGGAAAACCCACCAAUGUUCCCUGCUGUUCCUGAUGUGGAAGACCCACCAACGUUCCCUGCUGUUCCUGAUGAGGAAAACCGACCAAUGUUCCCUGCUGUUCCUGAUGGGGAAAACCCACCAAUGUUCCCUGCUGUUCCUGAUGUGGAAGACCCACCAAUAUUCCCUGCUGUUCCUGAUGUGGAAAACCCACCGACGUUCCCUGCUGUUCCUGAUGAGGAAAACCCACCGACGUUCCCUGCUGUUCCUGAUGAGGAAAACCCACCGACGUUCCCUGCUGUUCCUGAUGUGGAAAACCCACCAACGUUCCCUGCUGUUCCUGAUGUGGAAAACCCACCAACGUUCCCUCCUGUUCCUGAUGUGGAAAACCCACCAACGUUCCCUGCUGUUCCUGUUGUGCAAAUCCCACCAAUGUUCCCUGCUGUUCCUGAUGUGGAAAACCCACCAAUAUUCCCUGCUGUUCCUGAUGUGGAAAACCCACCAACGUUCCCUGCUGUUCCUGAUGUGGAAAACCCACCGACGUUCCCUGCUGUUCCUGAUGUGGAAAACCCACCGACGUUCCCUGCUGUUCCUGAUGUGGAAAACCCACCAACGUUCCCUGCUGUUCCUGAUGUGGAAAACCCACCGACAUUCCCUGCUGUUCCUGAUGAGGAAAACCCACCGAAGUUCCCUGCUGUUCCUGAUGUGGAAAACCCACCGACAUUCCCUGCUGUUCCUGAUGUGGAAAACCCACCAACGUUCCCUGCUGUUCCUGAUGUGGAAAACCCACCAAUGUUCCCUGCUGUUCCUGAUGUGGAAAACCCACCAAUGUUCCCUGCUGUUCCUGAUGUGGAAAACCCACCAACGUUCCCUGCUGUUCCUGAUGUGGAAAACCCACCAAUGUUCCCUGCUGUUCCUGAUGUGGAAAACCCACCAACGUUCCCUGCUGUUCCUGAUGAGGAAAACCCACCAAUGUUCCCUGCUGUUCCUGAUGUGGAAAAUCCACCAACAUUCCCUGCUGUUCCUGAUGUGGAAAACCCACCAACGUUCCCUGCUGUUCCUGAUGAGGAAAACCCACCGACGUUCUCUGCUGUUCCUGAUGUGGAAAACCCACCAACGUUCCCUGCUGUUCCUGAUGUGGAAAAUCCACCAACAUUCCCUGCUGUUCCUGAUGUGGAAAACCCACCAACGUUCCUUGCUGUUCCUGAUGUGGAAAACCCACAAAUAUUCCCUGCUGUUCCUGAUGUGGAAAACCCACCGACGUUCCCUGCUGUUCCUGAUGAGGAAAACCCACCGACGUUCCCUGCUGUUCCUGAUGAGGAAAACCCACCGACGUUCCCUGCUGUUCCUGAUGUGGAAAACCCACCGACGUUCCCUGCUGUUCCUGAUGUGGAAAACCCACCAACGUUCCCUCCUGUUCCUGAUGUGGAAAACCCACCAACGUUCCCUGCUGUUCCUGAUGUGGAAAACCCACCAACGUUCCCUGCUGUUCCUGAUGUGGAAAACCCACCAACGUUCCCUGCUGUUCCUGAUGUGGAAAACCCACAAAUAUUCCCUGCUGUUCCUGAUGUGGAAAACCCACCGACGUUCCCUGCUGUUCCUGAUGAGGAAAACCCACCGACGUUCCCUGCUGUUCCUGAUGAGGAAAACCCACCGACAUUCCCUGCUGUUCCUGAUGUGGAAAACCCACCGGCGUUCCCUGCUGUUCCUGAUGUGGAAAACCCACCAACGUUCCCUCCUGUUCCUGAUGUGGAAAACCCACCAACGUUCCCUGCUGUUCCUGUUGUGCAAAUCCCACCAAUAUUCCCUGCUGUUCCUGAUGUGGAAAACCCACCAACGUUCCCUCCUGUUCCUGAUGUGGAAAACCCACCAACAUUCCCUGCUGUUCCUGAUGUGGAAAACCCACCACCAUUCCCUGCUGUUCCUGAUGAGGAAAACCCACCGACGUUCCCUGCUGUUCCUGAUGAGGAAAACCCACCGACGUUCCCUGCUGUUCCUGAUGUGGAAAACCCACCGACGUUCCCUGCUGUUCCUGAUGAGGAAAACCCACCAACGUUCCCUGCUGUUCCUGAUGUGGAAAACCCACUGACGUUCCCUGCUGUUCCUGAUGUGGAAAACCCACCAAUGUUCCCUGCUGUUCCUGAUGUGGAAAACCCACCAACGUUCCCUGCUGUUCCUGAUGAGGAAAACCCACCAAUGUUCCCUGCUGUUCCUGAUGUGGAAAAUCCACCAACAUUCCCUGCUGUUCCUGAUGUGGAAAACCCACCAACGUUCCCUGCUGUUCCUGAUGAGGAAAACCCACCGACGUUCUCUGCUGUUCCUGAUGUGGAAAACCCACCAACGUUCCCUGCUGUUCCUGAUGUGGAAAAUCCACCAACAUUCCCUGCUGUUCCUGAUGUGGAAAACCCACCAACGUUCCUUGCUGUUCCUGAUGUGGAAAACCCACAAAUAUUCCCUGCUGUUCCUGAUGUGGAAAACCCACCGACGUUCCCUGCUGUUCCUGAUGAGGAAAACCCACCGACGUUCCCUGCUGUUCCUGAUGAGGAAAACCCACCGACGUUCCCUGCUGUUCCUGAUGUGGAAAACCCACCGACGUUCCCUGCUGUUCCUGAUGUGGAAAACCCACCAACGUUCCCUGCUGUUCCUGAUGUGGAAAACCCACCAACGUUCCCUGCUGUUCCUGAUGUGGAAAACCCACCAACGUUCCCUGCUGUUCCUGAUGUGGAAAACCCACAAAUAUUCCCUGCUGUUCCUGAUGUGGAAAACCCACCGACGUUCCCUGCUGUUCCUGAUGAGGAAAACCCACCGACGUUCCCUGCUGUUCCUGAUGAGGAAAACCCACCGACAUUCCCUGCUGUUCCUGAUGUGGAAAACCCACCGGCGUUCCCUGCUGUUCCUGAUGUGGAAAACCCACCAACGUUCCCUCCUGUUCCUGAUGUGGAAAACCCACCAACGUUCCCUGCUGUUCCUGUUGUGCAAAUCCCACCAAUAUUCCCUGCUGUUCCUGAUGUGGAAAACCCACCAACGUUCCCUCCUGUUCCUGAUGUGGAAAACCCACCAACAUUCCCUGCUGUUCCUGAUGUGGAAAACCCACCGACGUUCCCUGCUGUUCCUGAUGAGGAAAACCCACCGACGUUCCCUGCUGUUCCUGAUGAGGAAAACCCACCGACGUUCCCUGCUGUUCCUGAUGUGGAAAACCCACCGAUGUUCCCUGCUGUUCCUGAUGAGGAAAACCCACCGACGUUCCCUGCUGUUCCUGAUGUGGAAAACCCACCGACGUUCCCUGCUGUUCCUGUUGUGCAAAUCCCACCAAUGUUCCCUGCUGUUCCUGAUGUCUCUUUGGUCUUGUUGCCUUCAGUCUCUUCCAGGGAACCGUCCCUUUAG